UUAUCCUCCGCCGCCGACGAUGAUUGCUUGCAGGUCUUUCUUCUUCUUCAGGAUAGAUUUUAUGGCGUGAAAUGAAUCCGAUUAUCAUUAGAUUUUCUCUGCAGAGUCGACCGAGCUUGGAAAUAUACAAACGCAAACGUUUUAUCGAAACCUGUUCAAUGCUUGCAGGAAUGCAGUUUUCAUCAUAGUCUGAACUAUAAGUGGAAAAUGGCUGGUGCAAAAGAUAGGCAAAGUGUUAUGGAUUGGAAAAAGCAAAAAACAGUUACUCCCAUAUGGAGACCAGUCUGUACAAAAUCUAGUUCCUCUGAAGUAAAGGUGAAGAAUGAACUUGUCCUCACUCCCUUUCUGGUCACUACUACUAUUGUGUUCCAAAGAAAGGUUGAGUUUGAAGAUUUGCAUGAUGUGGGUAAAUGUGGAAAGCAAGAAGAUGGAAUUAAAGUCCAAGAAGUACAUGCUAGUAUUUCUAGCAGUGCUUUAGAUGCUCAACAUACCCAUGAAGAUGGUGAAGCAGCAAAUGGAGCAACUGACCCCACUUUUAACUCUAGAGCAUUUCUGGAUAAUGAUGAAGAAAGAGCUCCAGGAAGUGGAUCAGUGCAUUCUGAUGAGAAGCAUUCAGUUUCAGUAGAGGUAGGAGCUUCCUUAAUGCGUUUCAUUAAAGGAAAAUGGGGAUCUACACAGAAAAAAAUUGAAGAGGACAUGGGAGUUAAAAUCAUAUUUCCAUCAUCAAGGAAGGAGGAUUCUAUCAUAAUUGAAGGCAUUUCCACAGAAAGUUUGACUAAAGCUUCAGAAAGAGUACAAGUCAUAAUUGAUGAGGCAGUAAAAAGCCCAAAUCUAGACUACUCUCACUUCAUAUCGCUUCCUUUGGCGAUACACCCUGAACUGGUUGAUAAGCUUCUCAAUUUUCAGAAGUCCAUACUGGGAACUAGCAAUGCUAAUGAGGAUGAAAAUCUGGGUAACGAUUCAAAUGGAGACACUUCAGAAGAUGAAGAUAAGGAACAAGAGUUGGUUGGAGGAUCUGAUGUUGCAGUUAAGCUUAAAGUUGAAGAUGAUAAUAAACAUGUUAAAGUGGAUAUAACAAACAUAUGUCGUGUAAGUUACCCACCUAGAGCAUCAAAGCCUUCUGAACAGAAAGCAUCAAAGUCUUCUGCCUUGUCUGAUUUGGGAAUUGAGAAAUCAAUAUUUAUUAAACCCAAAACGUUUCACUUAACUGUGCUCAUGCUGAAAUUGUGGAACAAGGACCGAGUUGAUGCAGCGGCUGAGGUUUUGCAGAGUGUCUCCUCAGAAGUAUUGGAAGCUUUGGACAGCCUGCCUGUUUCUGUAAGGCUUAAGGGGCUGGAAUACAUGAGAGGUUCGUUGGCCAAAGCACGUGUUGUCUAUGCUCCUGUUGAAGUAAUUGGUGGCGAGGACAGACUACUGCGCGCCUGUCAAGUCAUUAUUGAUGCAUUUGUUGAAGCUGGUCUUGUUCUUGAAAAAGAUGCUCAACAAAAAUUGAAGUUGCAUGCCACUGUGAUGAAUGCAAGGCACAGGAAAAGGGGACAAUGGAAAAGAAAGUUUGAUUCAUUUGAUGCACGAGGCAUUUUCAAGCAAUUUGGUUCUGAGGAAUGGGGGGAGUAUCUUAUCCGUGAAGCUCAUCUUUCACAAAGGUUUGUUUAUGAUGAAAAUGGCUAUUACCAUUGUUGUGCUUCCAUUCCUUUUCCUGAAAGCACAGAAUGAGAUUGAUUCUUUCCUAUGAAGAUUCAGUGGCUUACAUUACUUUCAGUAGGAAUAGACUAAGUAAUAUUUGGUUGUUCUUUGGUGAUGAUUAUUAUCAUGUUCAUUUGUUUUAAUUCUAGCGAGGCUGUAGCAACAGUCCAACUUUCUAGAAUGUAGUUUAUAAUUUUGUGCUUUAUGUCAAUAAGAGAUCAUUGUUGGCUCACCUAGUUAUCAUUUUGAGUUCCGUGGUUCAAAA